AUGUUUUCGAGUCUUUUUGAGACACGAGAAACGUCGAACAAUCUUCUUGGGGCGCAUGUCAAUAUUACCCAAUGUUCAAAUGACAUUAAAAUUGCCGUGCCAGCCUUCAACGACGGACAAUAUUUCUGCGCUGGAUCAUCCCCUGGUGUUGAGGAUUCGAUGAGAGUCGAUUCAUGCCAAGGAGACUCUGGAGGAGCCAUUGUUUGCAUGGAAGAGAUCGAAUACGAAGGAAAAGCCAAAAAUGUCCCAGUUCAGUAUGGUCUCGUAUCUUCUGGCAAAAGUUGCGGUGAAUCUGCCGGAGUCUAUGCGAAAACAUCGACGAUUGUCAACACGAUCUUGAAGAAAAUCUACACAAAUACAUACGCACCGGAAAUGGAUCCCCGAGGAGUAAUUCCGACGAUGGAUGAAGAUGAAGAUUCAGACUAUUCUUACUACGGCUACUAA